GCCUGGUUCCUGCAGCUGGGCGACCGGGGACGCGGCCAAAGCCCGGGAAGCUGCAGCGGGGGCGAUGGCCGCACCGAGUCCCGGGCCCCACGAGGCCCUGGCCCCCUCCCCAGAGGCUGGACAAAGAGCACCCGUCUCAAGCUCCAGUCGCCGGGGCCUCCUUCGGCGCCUAUGGGACAAGCAGACUCGCCUGGGGCUGUUUGAGAUCGGCCCGAGGCAUGAGCUCCACGGGUGGACGAGUAUGAUGCAGGCGGGGCUGUGGGCUGCCACCCAGGUCUCCAUAGACCACCCACCCACGGGGCUGCCCACUCAGGAAGAUUUUUCUGAGGUCCUGACCCAGGUUCAUGAGGGCUUCGAGCUGGGCACCCUGGCUGGCCCUGCCUUUGCCCGGCUGCGGCGCUCCCUGGGCCUGGCGGAGGAGGACUAUCAAGCCGCGCUGGGCCCUGGUGGCCCCUAUCUGCAGUUCCUCAGCACCUCCAAGAGCAAGGCCAGCUUCUUCCUGUCCCAUGACCAGCGCUUCUUUCUCAAGACCCAGCGGCGCCGGGAGGUGCGGGUGCUGCUCGCCCACCUGCCCCGCUACGUGCAGCACCUGCAGCGGCACCCGCACUCGCUGCUCGCACGGUUGCUGGGAGUGCACAGUCUGAGGGUGGCCCAGGGAAAGAAGAAAUACUUCAUCAUCAUGCAGAGCGUCUUCUACCCCGCCGGCCGCAUCUCCGAGAGGUACGACAUCAAGGGCUGCCAGGUGAGCCGCUGGGUGGAGCCGGCCCCUGAGGGCAGCCCCCUUGUCCUGGUGCUGAAGGACCUCAAUUUUCAGGGCAAGACCAUGAACCUGGUGGUGACACCUGCCCUCCCGGGGCAGGAGCAUUGGAGACCACGGCUGCCACAGGGUGAGGCUCAGGCCAGGCGCUGGUGCUCGACAGGGCCACAACGGACCUGGCUCCUCCGUCAGAUGGAACUGGACACUGCCUUCCUGCGGGAGCUCCGUGUGCUGGACUACAGCCUCCUGAUGGCCUUCCAGCAUCUCCAUGAUGACGAGUGGGGCCCGGGCAGCAGCGUCAUCUUCCGCAUAGCCAGGUCUGUGCAGGGGCCACAGAUCCCAGAGGAGCCCGGCACCCAGAACCGCCGGCUGCUGCCCGACGGCCCCAACGCGCUGCACGUCCUGGACGGGCCCGAGCACCGCUACUUCCUGGGCCUGGUGGACCUCGCCACGGUCUACGGGCUUCGCAAGCGGCUGGAGCAUUUGUGGAAAACGCUGCGUUACCCAGGCCGGACCUUCUCCACCGUCAGCCCGGCCCGCUACGCCCAGCGUCUCUGCCAGUGGGUCGAGGCGCACACCGAGUGAGCGGCGCCUGGCCUGUCUUCCCAUCCGGAGAAAGGGCGCUCGCCAGGAGCUCGCGUGCCCGCGGCACCCGGGCAACUCGCCUGCUGUUCCUCCAAAGGCCACGAGAGGGCAGCGCCCCCUAACCAAUGCUAUGAUCUCGCAGCCCGGUUCGGUGCUGGAGCUGUACCCCGGGUCGUGCCGGUGCCGAGGACUACGCCCCGCGAUAGCUCACUUAAUCUUCAAAAUGCUAUUAUUGUCAUUUUACAGACCAUGAAAUGGAGGCUCAGGGGGUGAAGAGACUGAGCACCAUCAUUCAGCACUAGUGCUGGGCCAGGCUCCACCUUGCCUUGUGGCCCCAGGAGUUCGUGGACUUAGCCGCUGCAGGCUCCUGCAGCCCUAGCCUCACGCUCUGGGGCAGGGGAAGGCAGAAGGCUUCAGUCAUCCAGAUGGGGAAACUGAGGCCCAGAGACUUUAAGGGGCUUAUGCACGGGUAAGUGGCAAGGCCUUGAGACCCCAGGCGUCCUGGCACACGUGGGGCCCUGCCAUCUCCCUCUGGGAUGUGUCCCCCACCCUGGGGUGUGGGCGUGAGAGGGUGGGUGGUAGGAGGGCAUCCGGGAGCCCUGGGAGGCUCUGAAGGGUCCUCUAAGGCUCUCCAGUGAACUCUGUCCUCUGACAGCCACUUUUCCCAUCUGUGAAAUGGGGCAGGAAGCUGGGCAUAUAAUCCCAGAGCUCAGGAGGCUGAGGCAGGAGGAUCACUGCAAGUUCAAGGCCAGCCUGAACUACACAGUGAGACCCUGUCUCCAAACAAACAAAAGAAAUGGAGGCAGGGUCAGUGGUGAGAUCCAGGGUCUCAGCUGCAGAGACCCCUGGGAGUCCCCAUUUCCCCUCACCAGAACUUCUCCCUCCUCCAGGAAAUGCCAACCUGGUCUCAGACCCUGGUCCAAAGUCCAAUCCAACCAUGCGUGCCCAAGGAGGCCUCUGCUUCAGAGCUGCUCUAGGGCCUGGCUGUGUGACCAGGGCAAGGUGCUGAACCUCUCUGUGCCUCAGCGGUCUUGUGUGUGCAAUGGAAAGCAUGAAAACAGACCUCAUUAACUCAUUAAAUAUUUAUUGAGCACUG